CCUCGUCUCUCUCUUCCCCACUCUCCCGCAUCCCGACUCUCUCAUUCGCUCUCUCACACGCCAGCGCACAUCCAGCGCCAAAGUCCGUGCGUCCUGACAUCUGAGUUCACUGUCAAUCUCUGUCUCCUUCGCAGGGAUAUCCCCUCCGUCUCCGCCAAAUACCGCUGGAAACUAAUUUUUUUUUUUCCUCUGCUAAAGUUCCCGGGAGAAAGAGACACCCAGAUCCUGGUCGGCUUUUUGGCUUUUUUUUGCUGUUUUUUCCCCCCCUCCUCCUGUUAUUUUGCUGUGGAGAACGGGGUUCUACAGCUUAUAGUUUAACGAGGUCGCAGGAUGCCCCAAAAAGGGAGACAUUAAGUAGUGAAAGCGGCAGAUGAUUGACUAAAUUGUUAUAGAGUGGACAGUCAACUCUGUUUCCAGAAUACCACAACCAAGCCACGUGGGAGUCUGGCGUAGCCUCAAUGAUGCAGAACAAGGUGUAUGACAUCUGUGAUGAAGGUCACAGUGGCGUAAACCAGCUUGGUGGUGUGUUUGUUAAUGGCAGACCGCUGCCGGAUUCCACCAGGCAGAAAAUAGUUGAACUUGCUCACAGUGGCGCUCGACCCUGCGACAUCUCCAGGAUAUUGCAGACCCAUGAUGAAGUCCAAGUGCUGGACAGUGAAAAGGUGUCCAACGGCUGCGUGAGCAAGAUCCUGGGCAGAUAUUAUGAAACUGGCUCCAUAAGGCCGAGAGCGAUAGGCGGCAGCAAACCCCGCGUCGCCACUCCGGAGGUGGUCGCCAAAAUCGCGCAGUACAAGCGGGAGUGUCCGUCGAUCUUCGCCUGGGAGAUCCGCGACCGGCUGCUGUCGGAGGGGAUCUGCACCAACGACAACAUACCCAGCGUGUCAUCAAUAAACAGAGUCCUCCGCAACCUGGCGAGUGAAAAGCAACAGAUGGGCGCAGAUGGCAUGUAUGACAAGCUGAGAAUGCUCAACGGUCAGACAGGAACUUGGGGGACCCGGCCAGGCUGGUACCCCGGAACAUCGGUGCCAGGGCAGCCCAACCAAGAUGGCUGCCAACAACAGGACGGCGCGGGAGAAAACACGAACUCCAUCAGCUCGAACGGCGAGGACUCGGAGGAGACGCAGAUGCGCCUGCAGCUCAAGAGAAAGCUGCAGAGAAACCGCACGUCCUUUACGCAGGAGCAGAUCGAGGCGCUGGAGAAAGAGUUUGAAAGAACGCAUUAUCCAGACGUUUUCGCACGGGAAAGACUAGCGGCGAAAAUCGACCUGCCCGAAGCAAGAAUACAAGUAUGGUUCUCAAACAGAAGAGCAAAGUGGAGGCGAGAGGAGAAGCUGCGGAACCAGCGCCGGCAGGCCAACAACUCCUCAAGUCACAUCCCCAUCAGCAGCAGCUUCAGCACCAGCGUCUACCAGGCCAUCCCGCAGCCCACCACACCGGUGUCUUUCACCUCGGGGUCAAUGCUUGGAAGGCCUGACUCUGCACUAACAAACACCUACAGUGCACUGCCCCCUAUGCCCAGCUUCACCAUGGCCAACAAUCUACCUAUGCAACCCAGCCAGACCUCCUCUUACUCCUGCAUGCUGCCUACCAGUCCGCCUGUGAACGGGCGGAGCUACGAAACAUACACGCCCCCUCAUAUGCAGGCACAUAUGAACAGCCAAUCAAUGACCACUUCUGGUACCACCUCAACAGGACUCAUCUCUCCUGGAGUGUCUGUCCCUGUCCAAGUCCCAGGGAGCGAGCCUGACAUGUCUCAGUACUGGUCAAGACUACAGUAGGGAGAAGAGCUACUUCACCCUGUAAGCACCCACUCCACCAUCGCCCUCCGGCAGUGCUCCUCACACAUACACGGCACAGGAGAGUAGGGGGGGAGGGGGGGGGGGGUAAAGGCACGAGAGGGUUGAGGAAGAGGUAACAGUCAGAAGAAGAGGAAAGAACGAGAGGGACUCUGGGAGAGCCUUGGGACGUCUGGGCUUUGUUUCCCCCCUCCCGCUGGGACAGUGUGCUGUUGUGUAGCUCUAUAGGCACAUUCAAACGAGGACUUGGAAGAGAGACCAACUGUGGAAAGAGAGAGAGAGAAAAAAGUGGACCUCUGUAAAGUGCCCGGUGUUGAAUUUUUAUGGAACAAAAACUUAUCCGUUCUUUUUCUAUCUCCAACUUCAGUCAUUGUUUCCCUUUUUCCCCCCCCCCCACCCCUGCUCUGAUGUGUUUGUAAAUGGCCAUUUGUAUGUUACUAUGAAAAAAGAAAAAAAGAAAAACAAGAUCAAGUACUGAUAGAUGGACUGCUAGAAAACCAUGUUGGUUUUGCUUCCCCCCCACCCCACCCCUCUCUUUUUGCUAAAGGAGAAGCUGAGAGAAUCUGCCAUGACUAUCUUUUAAUCUGCUUAUAUCGAGACUUUCUACCAGGCUUUUGCAUGGUUUCUGGACGCAUAUCAUUAAAGACGAAAAAAGAAGAAGAAGAAGAAGAAGAAGAAAAAAGCUGGAGGGAAGACUCUUACCGCGACAGAAAAAAAAAAGAAAACUAUUUAUUGGUCCUAUUCGUUAUGAAUGGAUAUAUAGCGGAGGAAAAAAACCCAAACUUGAUCCACUCACCGAGGCUGCGGGGGUCCUGGCCUCUCAGACGCAGGGGGAGGCCUUGCAUUUAUUAGAACGGGAUCCCUAUCAGCAGCUCCAAGCGUGCAAAGACGGCGCAGCAUGCAAAAACAAUUUGGAGCUCCUGCUUCUGUGGUUGGAUUGAUUCUUUAGAUCACCACCAAGAACAUUACUGUGGAAAACAGGUGCAGCAAGAACCCCCUCCCUCCCCCCGCCCCUCCAAAACACCUGUAUUCUGUAAAUGGUUGACUGCGUCUUCGAUAUAAUCCAGUUUGUUAAUGUUCAAAUGUAAAGUACUUGUCUUCCCUUUUUUUUUGUUGUGUGUGUGUGGAAAUCUUUCAGCAAGAUUUCUCCAAAUAAAAGCCAAUUUUUUUCAGUUCUACAUCCCCAAGAAUAUUCUAUAAAUGUUCCAUGCAUCAUGAACUGCAUUUCUUUAGGGUCAGGUACAAUUUGUCUCUUAGGGUAUAGUUGUAAUAUAGUGUCCUAUGGUCAAAAAUGUGCGACUAGAAAUAUUUAAAUCCUAUAAUUAUGAUUAAACAUUGCUUGACAGAGUUUUAAACUGAAGUGUUUGGCAGUUGUUUACAAGUACAUAUCAGAUCUAAUCAUUGUUGAUUGUAAAACAGACCAAAGCCUUUGUAUUUUCAUCUAGAACACAAUCUUUCUUUCUUUCUUUCUUUCUCUUUCUUUCUUUCUAAGAUAUUGCUCUUGUGUUGGAAAAUUUUGUAAACACAUUUUGUUCAACAACAUUGGCUUCGAAGACUGCAGUCAAACCCCUCCCCCCUCUCCCCCCCCCCCUCCCCACCACAGUCCUUAUUUAUAAUUAAAGACCAUGGGAUGGGUUUUUCUUUUUCUAGCAUCAUCUGUCAUCAUGCUCUUUUUAAGUUUUGCAUUUUUAUUUCAGUGUGUGUGCGUAGAACAUGGACACGCACCGGGGUUUACGUCUGAGCAUUGCUUCUGAGAUAAAACACGCUGUCUCUUAAAUAUUUCAAUUUAAUUUUAUUUAAAAUGGAGCUUUCUAAAUGUAUUUU